GCAAAAAAAAAAUUUUUUUUUAUUUAGAAUUUUUCAAUUUUAUUAUAUUUGAAAAUUAACAAUUUUCACUCCGUUUUUUUCCUAAUUGAAAACCAUAUUAAUUCUAUUGUUGAUCAACGAACACAAUUGUAAUGAGCUAUGAAGAAUUGAAUGGAAUUGUAUGGUUGAAACGAAACAAUAAUAAACAAUCAUCAAAACAAAUAGAAAUGAAUUCAACAGCACCAGAUUCUAAAGAAAAUUUUUAUCGAGAACGUGAAGAAGAAUCUGAUGAAUAUGAAGAUGAUGAAGAAAAUGAUUAUGGUGUUGAUGAUGAAAUCAUAUUGAACGAUCAAGAUGUUUGGGAUGAUUCGAUUUUGAUACAAAUGUAUGAACAAUCACAACGUGAAAUUGCCGAAGCAUUACGUAAAAAACAUUCGAAUCAUAAAAAUAAAACCAAUGCCAAUAAUAAUGAUUCGAAAAUAAAACAACAAACAACAACACCACCACCACCACCGCAAAAACCAGCAACAGUAACAAUAACAACUUCGUCUUCAUCGAACACUAAUAAUGCUAAGAAAUCAAAAAAUAAGAAAUUUUCUCAACCUAACAAAACAGUUACUCAGGAUAAUAGUACAUCGAAACAACAACAACAACAAUACCAAACAAUCAACUGGAAACAAGGAGAUUAUUGUCGUUUGAUAUACGCCGAAGAUAAUAUUGAAUAUGAAGCACAAAUUAUUGAAUUGAAUCAUUCGAAUGGUCAAUGUUUAGUUCGUUAUAUUGGUUAUGAGAAUGAAGAAUGGCGACAAUUAUCCGAACUAAGAUCAUCAGCUGGAAAUAAUUUUCGUGAAAUGCAAAUACAGAUGGCCAUUAAAGAUGGUUAUGGUAAUAUUCAACAGGAACAACCAGAAAAUGAAACUGGUGAUUAUACUGAAUAUCAUAAUCAACCAAAUGAAUUUAUGACUGGAACAAGUCGAAUAAUACCACCACCGCCACCAUUUUUUGGUUUAAAUCCACAAUUAUCUUCAUCAAAUAAUCAAUCUAUUAUGAUGAAUGAAGAAGAUACAUUAGCAUCGAUGCUUAUGUCAUGGUAUAUGACUGGUUAUCAUACUGGAUAUUUUCAAGCACAACGUGAUAUUCGUAAAUCGAAUACAAUGAAUAAUUGUCGUUGUCAUUGUUCGACAAAGAAUCGACAACAAAAUGAUUAAUAUAUGGUAAAGGGAU